AUGAGGAACAAUUGUCCAUUGGAGGGACCAAUAGUCGAGGAGUUCACUUUUCAUGCAGGAUCAGCUCCCUUCAAGAGUUGUCAUGCUUCUACCAUUGUUGAGGUUGAUAAGGAUCAUUUUUUGGUUGCCUAUUUUGGAGGCACUUAUGAGGGGGCACCUGAUGUCAAAAUAUGGUUGCAGACUUACAAAAAUGGCAGGUGGCAAUCACCUGUAAUUGCUGAUGAAGAACCAAAUGUUCCUAUGUGGAACCCUGUACUGUUCAAACUUCCAUCAGAUGUGCUACUUCUGUUCUACAAGAUAGGCCAAGAAGUUCAGAAAUGGAGUGGAUUCAUCAAACGCUCAUAUGAUAAAGGCAUUACUUGGACAGGGAGAGAACAACUUCCUCCUGGUAUAUUAGGACCUAUUAAGAAUAAGCCCAUUUUGCUAGAAAACGAUCAUUUACUUUGUGGAUCAUCUGUUGAAAGCUGGAACUCCUGGGGCGCCUGGGUGGAGGUUUUAACUGAACUCAUCCCAGUUGAUUGGUUGUUUCAGAGAUGUGUUGAAAUAUUAGCUUGCUUACAUUUAUUGCUUCUUGUGUGCGAUAGGUCACAACAGAUUUUGGCAGGUCAUGGAGCAAGUAUGGCCCAAUUUAUGUUGAAAAUGAACCUCUGA